AUGGCGGCGCGAGUAAAGCAAAGGAGCAAUGGCUACUUGAAUGGCAAAAGCAAGGCUCCAAACCAUGACGAAGACGUUGACGGUUCGCAAGACGAAGAGCCCCUUCACGCAGCUACAUCUUCAGCCGCAUCCUCCAACAAUCGCGCUCCCAGUGACAAGAAGGGCACGGCUGCUCAGGAUGUAGACCCCUCUGUACACGAAGAGCGCUUCAACAAGCUCAAGUUCCUUCUACAACGCUCGAGUGUCUACUCCCGCAUCAUGGGAGAAAAAAUGGAAAAGGAGCGCAAAGCUCGUGCAGAAGCUGCUGCAAAGCAGGAAGUUCGCCGCGAAGCUGCAGCCGCAAAGGCGGACAACGCUCCCGCCGAUCUUCAGCCCUCUGCGACAACCCGCAAAACUCGUUCAGCUGCUCAAGCUGCCGAUGACAAGCCCUCUGCAUUCACCGCUCCAGAACUCAAGUCACGUCGUAAAGACAGCCGCAAACGCAAAACCGACAACUCUUAUGACGUAUCUAAUUACAUCGACGAGGACGACCUCAAACAGACCAAGCAACAAGCAGAGCACGCAAACAAAAAGGCAAAGACAGAAUCACCUGACAUGUCCGAGGCCAAGCAACACGCUGGCGCCACCGCCAACGAAAGCGGUCGUCGAAAACAACCAAAGCUCGUCACUGGGGCAAAGAUGCGCGAGUACCAGCUCGAUGGCCUGGAAUGGCUCAUCAGCCUUUACGAGAACGGCCUCAACGGAAUCCUCGCCGACGAGAUGGGCCUCGGAAAGACUCUUCAGACCAUCUCUUUCCUCGCCCAUCUCCGCGAAAAGGGCGUCUGGGGACCAUUUCUCAUUGUUGCUCCUCUCUCCACGAUCAACAACUGGGUCCUUGAAUUCGAACGUUUUACGCCCAACAUCCCCGCCAUCAUGUACCACGGCGAUCCCGAUACGCGCCGUGACCUGCGAGAUCAUCGCCUUUCGAUGCCUCGCGACAAGGAGAACCAGAAGGAUUUCCCCAUCGUCGUCACCAGUUAUGAACUCAUCAUCCGUGAUCGCAAGUGGCUGGCAAAUUAUCCUUGGAAGUUCAUCGUCGUCGACGAAGGCCACCGUCUCAAAAAUCUCAACUGUCGUCUUAUCCGAGAGCUCAAAACUUACCGCAGUGCUAAUCGUCUCAUUCUCUCUGGCACUCCCCUUCACAAUAACCUCGCCGAACUCUGGUCGCUGCUUAAUUUUAUCCUCCCCGACAUCUUCGACGAUCUGGCCACCUUCGAGACCUGGUUCGACUUUUCCGACAUUCACGACGAGCAAGGCCAGUCUCGUAUCCUCUCCAAGGAGAACAGCUCCCAGGUCAUCACACAGCUCCACGAGAUCCUCAAACCCUUCCUCCUCCGCCGUCUCAAGGUCGAUGUCGAGACCGACUUGCCCCCCAAGAAAGAAUAUCUUCUUUAUGCUCCCUUGACCGAACUCCAGAAAGAGCUCUACAAUGCGGUCGUCAACGGCGAAAUCCGCAGAUGGCUUCUCGAGCGAAAGACCGGUCUUCCUUGGGCUCAGAUUCAGGACAUCCUCGACGAUCCAGACGGCAUCAACACAGCAUCCUCUUCGGUCCCCACCACUCGUGUCGCUACGGCUGAGCAGAGUCGCGACCAUUCUCCACAUCCAUGGGCAGUUGCAAACAAGUGUAAGGACGUCCAUGCUAACCUCAACGUUGAUGACGACGAGGUCAACGAGUCAGCAUCUGACCGCAAUGGCUUUCAUAAGCGUGGCACCAAAUUAUCACCAAGUCGCUCGGCCGCUUCCCACACGGUGGAUAACGAUCAAACUUCCUCAGGCGCCUCGACCCCACGUCGUCGGACCAGCCGACGAGCCAAGCAUGGCGUUGACUACCAGGCCGAUGAGAUGACCGACAAUUGCUACUUUGACCGGCUCGAAAAGCAGCUCAAUACCGGUCCAAAGCCGCUUUCUGCCGCACAAGCCGAACGUCAGGCCAAGCUCUACUCGGUUCGUGAAGCGCAAAAGCAAAUCAAAAAUAUGCACCUCGAUAACACUGUCAUGCAGGCUCGCAAAAUUUGCAAUCAUCCUUUCCUGUUCGACUGGCCGGUCGACAAGGAAUCAGGAACACUGGUCGUCAACAAGGACCUUAUCAACGCGUCGGGUAAGAUGCUAAUGCUGAACCGAUUGCUAGACGAACUCUUUCAUCGCGGACACAAGGUUCUGAUCUUCAGCCAGUUUACCACCAUGCUUGACAUUAUCGAGGACUGGGCCAACGAAUUCAAACGUCUACGCACGUGCCGAAUCGAUGGAACCACACCCCAGGACGAGCGGCGUGCGCAGAUGAAGUCGUUCAACGAAGACAAAGGUCGCGACGCAUGCAAUCUUUUCCUGCUCAGUACGCGUGCAGGUGGUCUUGGGAUUAACCUCGUUGCUGCCGAUACCGUCAUCUUUUAUGACUCUGAUUGGAACCCACAAAUGGACCUCCAGGCCCAAGACCGUGUCCACCGCAUUGGCCAAACGCGGCCCUGUCUCAUCUUCCGUCUUGUUUCUGCUAGCACUGUUGAGGAGCGCAUCCUCCGACGUGCAGGCAACAAACGAAAGCUCGAAGCGCUCGUCAUCCAACAGGGCAAAUUCCGACUUCCCGCCGGCUACCAAUCUUCGCUAGGAGGUGGCAAGAAGAAAACCGAGGAUGAGUUGCGCGAUAUCGCAAGCCAGCUGUUGGCGUUGGAAUCGGAACAGGUGAAAUUGGUCAAGGAUGAGAACGAUCAGAUCAUCACGGAUCAUGAAUUGGAUCUCUUGCUCGACCGUUCGCCCGCCGCCUACCAGAGAAAGAUGGGCUGGGUGUCGAAUGCGCAUGCUGACGAUCCAAAGAAGCCCGGUAAGAAGUCAGCCCCAGGUAGGAGCGCGUUCGAGGUCACAGAGACCAAGACAGACGAAGCGAAUGAGGAGAUUGCCAAGUUACUGGCUAGCAACUAG